AUGGUCGUCGACGGUGUGAUUGGUACUGGUUUGGUAGUUGUUAGAAUUGAAGCAUUGGGAACGGACUGGAUACACGUCUCGACUUGGAUGGAGACUGAGGGGUGGUUUGCUGGUCCAAAAACGCACAGAAGGAACAAAGAAAAACUUAAAAGAGGAGUACUAUUAUUACAGUAUUUUGAUAAUGAUCUGAAAACAGCUGUAUCUCUAUUAUCAUUGGAAAAACUUAAAAGAAGAGUACUAUUAUUACAGUAUUUUGAUAAUGAUCCGAAAACAGCUGUAUCUCUAUCAUCAUUGGGGAAAAGAAAAUGGGAUAAAGUUCAAGCAUGUGUAUACUGUGAUAAAUGUGUAGCCAAAUUACCAAGACAUCUAGAACAGAAACAUAGUGAUGAGAUUGAGGUGGCGUUUGCAUUAUCUUUGCCUAAGAAUUCCAAACGAAGGAAAAGAAAAUGGAAAGAAAUAACAAACCUUGGAAACUACAAACAAAAUACAACAGUGAUUGGUAAUGGCUCAGGAUCCAUCAUUCCCUGCAAAAGACCGUGUAUAGGUCAAACUGUUGAAAGUACUGACUUCCUCCCAUGCUCAAGCUGUUAUGGUUUCUAUAAAAAGAAAGACCUGUGGAGACAUGCUGCUCAUUGUUCUAAGAAACAGAGUACCAAUAGUAAAACGAAGAAAAGACACCACACAGAAGGUGCUGCAUUGUUACCAGCACAAAAAGUAUAG